GAUUCAUAACCCGCCGAAGAACUGGACGGCGCCCAACCUCCCACAGCUCAAUCACAGUCAAGUUCAGGCAGUGCAGAAGGCUCUAGAGCAACCUCUAUCGCUUAUUCAAGGGCCUCCUGGUACCGGCAAGACGGUGACUUCAGCGACUAUUAUUUAUCACUUAGCACGUCAGCAUCAGGGACAGGUCCUUGUGACGGCUCCCUCGAAUAUCGCCGUUGAUCAGCUGGCCGAGAAGAUCCAUCUCACUGGGCUUAAGGUCGUGCGUAUUUUGGCAAAGUCUCGAGAGUGUCUGUACUCUCCUGUGGAGUUCCUAUCGUUGCAUACGCAAAUACGUAAUAUGCGUACACCGCAAGCUAAGGAGUUCAAGAAGCUGUUUGAUUUGAAGGAAGAAGUAGGGGAGCUGACCUCAAGUGAUGAGAAGCGUUUCAGGAUCCUCAGGAGCCAGGUCGAACGUGAACUGCUUGAGAAUGCUGAUGUUAUUUGCACGACUUGUGCAGGGGCUGGCGAUCCUCGACUAGGGAAGCUGCGUUUUAAGAUGGUCUUGGUGGAUGAGGCGACGCAGGCCUGUGAGCCAGAGGCGCUCAUUCCUAUCUGUAACGGUGCUAAGCAGGUGAUACUGGUGGGUGACCAUAAGCAGCUCGGCCCAGUGGUGAUGUGUAAGAAGGCGGCGAAGGCUGGCUUUAAGCAGUCCUUGUUUGAACGUCUUAUCGCCCUCGGCGUUCGACCGAUCCGGCUUGAAGUGCAGUACCGUAUGCAUCCGAGCCUUGCGGAAUUCCCGAGUCAAACAUUCUAUGAUGGCUGCCUACAGAAUGGCAUUACUAUGGAAGAUCGACAGGUCUCUGGUGUGAAGUUCCCAUGGCCCAGGGAGGAGAUGCCGAUGUUCUUCUACAAUUCUACAGGCCAGGAAGAGAUAUCGGCUUCUGGCACGUCCUAUCUCAACCGAUCUGAGGCUAUCAACAUCGAGAAGAUAAUUACUUACUUCCUUAGGGCGGGUCUGAAGGGUUCCCAAAUAGGCGUGGUGACUCCCUACGAAGGACAGAGAGCGUACAUUCAGCAAGUUCUGCAGAGGCAGACUACCUUGAGUGCCAAGAUGUAUGAAAGCAUUGAGAUUGCUAGUGUUGAUGCAUUCCAAGGUCGAGAGAAGGACUUCAUCGUUUUAUCGUGUGUUCGGUCGAACCAAAGGGCUGGCCUUGGAUUCCUCAAUGAUCCUCGACGUCUCAAUGUUGCCCUAACGAGAGCUCGGUAUGGUCUCGUUAUAUGCGGUAAUGCACAAGUUCUCGCAAGGGCAACUACUGUUGGCCAUCAGGGCAGAGGUAGAAUGACUGUCAUUCGUUCCAUGCCGUCCGUGUGGAAUGGACUCUUGUCGCACAUGAAGAAGUUCGACCUCAUCGUUGAAGGACCCCUCUCGGCCCUACGUCAGAGUCAUAUCCAAAUUGAUGAUCCUGUGGUACCGGUAGCAUCCUAUCGUGGGUCUUCGGGUAACCGUAGCCAGUCAGCGAGAAGCUUUGCUAGAGAUGCACUAACUCAGGAUGAGCCACCACUGUUCGACAGUGACUACUAUAGGGGUAUACCUCAGAGUGUCCCUGCUCCCGAGGCGGCAAUGCGGGCACCUAGUCAAUACUUCCAAAGUAUCAACAGGAUGAGAAAUCUGUCUCUGCUCGACUUCAUGUGCUUCAGAUGA